AUGGAGCGACUGCAAGAUAAGCUGCGGCAGGAACGGACCAACGACCAGCCCAGCCUUAACCGGUGUGACUUCGACAUAGUCGAAAGGUACGUGGAUUCUUCGAGCGAUGAGGAGGGCGGCCUCCCAGACGAGCAACAUGGAGGUGAGCAGCAAGACAGAACGGAAGAACAACAGCGUCAUGAGGAACAACGCCUGAGGGGCCGGGGGAACCAGACGGGCGACCCCCCGCGGGUGAGUUUCCCACCAGCCCUGCACCGGAGCCUGUUAAACUUGCAAAAAGACGACCUGCAGGAGAGGAUAAACCUCGGUGAAAUUUAUGGCGCGCUUGAUGCGCCAAGUGUGGCAACGACUACCAACGUUGCCAACCUUGCCAAUGAGGGCAAUGCCGCCCAUCUUACUGAUCGAGGGAGUCGUGAGGACGGAAAGAGCGAACCGAACAGACGCGAAAAGGUCAACCAUAGCGAUGUUGACAGGAAAGGAAGGAAGAAUCAAGUGAAGGAGAAGCACCAAUUGACCUUCCAAAUAAACCAAAACGAAGUAGCAAAACUGCAGUGGACAAAUCCAGUCAGGGAUGAAGAGGUAAGAGAAAUGAGAAGUUUUAGUGAAGUCAAAUUGCAUCAAGUACGCUUCGAUUUUGAAGGAAAAUUAAGAAUACAAAUAAACGAAACAGAAUUGAACAAAAAAAAAAAAAAUCUUCAAUCAUUUUGA